AUGUUACUGGGGCUAUGGACGGCAGAGGAGGACGCAAUUCUGAUGGAGUGUGUGCAGCGCUUCCGCGAGGGCAACUGGACCACCAUCGCCCAGCGCUCAGGCCUGGCGCGCUCUGGCAAGAGCUGCCGCCUGCGAUGGGUGAAGCACCUGAGCCCUGCCAUCCGCCCGGGUCCUCUCUCAGAGGCGGAGCAGCGGCAGGUGAUCGAGCUGCAGCGGCGGUUCGGCAACAAGUGGGCGCUCAUGGCGCAGCACAUGCCCGGGCGGUCAGAUAAUGCGAUUAAGAACUUCUGGAAUUCGUACCGGAAGAGGAUGCAACGACGGGUGAAGGCUGCUGCUGCGGCUGCUAAGGAUGGGCUGAGCGCGCUCAGAUGCAUGGAGGAGCAGGGGGGCCCGGGGGGCCCUGGGGGACCAGCGGCGGGUGCCAGUGGGAGGGUCAACGGGGUCAACGGAGUUGGACGAGUGGGCUCACAGCAGCAGGUUCUGGGUGCAUCCCCCAUGCGCCUGCCCCUUCCGCGCCUGCCGCUGAACCAAGCUAUGCCCAUGGCCGCGUGCACGCAAGACCCCAUGGGAGGUGCGUCCACGCAAGACCCCAUGGGAGGUGCGUCCACGCAAGACCCCAUGGGAGGUGCGUCCACGCAAGACCCCAUGGGAGGUGCGUCCAUGCGCAGAGCGCUCUCCUUCUCCACCGCCUCUCCCCUCACCGCCCUGCCCGCCACCGCCGCACCACGCUUCCCCACCAUGCUCCCGCACACCGCUCUCACCACCGCUGCUCCCGUGAGCACACCGGCUCCAUCUGUCAUGGCCAUGCCCGCGCCCAUGGCCACGCCCGCGCCCAUGGCCACGCCCGCGCCCAUGGCCACGCCCGCGCCCAUGGCCACGCGUGUGGCUGUUGCUCUGCGUGCGGGCGCGGGUGGGAGCAGCACGGCGUGGAGCAACGUGCCUGGGAGCGGCAUGGGGUGGGGACAGUGUGUGGGCAACCCACCUGCCCCUGCAGCACACGCCGGCGGCAGUACGCUGCAUGAGACAGGGGCAGUCUUGCCUGGCGGCCCUGCCCGUGCGCUCCUUGUGCUGCCACACGGGCAGCCACAGGCCCCACUGCUGCACGCGCCCCCCUCUCAGGCGCCUUUCAGUGUGCCGGGGGGCGCUGAGGCUGAGGCUGCUGCUGCUCUGUCGGGCCCUGCAGUGGUGGCGGAAGGGGGUGCGUCGCCCCUGCUGCUGCCACCACUGCGAGAAUCCCUGCAGCCGCAGCAGCGUGGGAAUCAACUCCAGCAGCAGCAUCACCAGCAGCAGCAUCACCAGCAGCAGCAGCGCCUUGCUGCCUCUCCCCUGUGUGGCAGCAGCGGGUAUGCAGUGCAGGACGUGGCUCCUCAAGAGCGCAGCAACCCAGCUUGUAACGCGGAUGGAACCCACCCUCGCCCCUGUGAUGCGUGGGACUGUAACGGGGGAGCUAGCCUCAUGUGGUCUGCUCAAGACGGUAGCGCUGCCUGCUGCGAGUACGGUGCAGGCGCGCUGGAGCUGCCAAGAGGCUCGAUGGAGGGGCGGAGCCAAGGGGGAGAGAUGGAGUGGGAGGGAGCUGGAGGGGUGAAGGCGGAAGAGGGGAGAGGAGAGGAGGAGAAGGGGGAGGAAGGAGACCAGGAGGAGCGGAUUGAGGGAGAGGAGGGGCAGGGGGGGGAAGAGGGGGCGAGGGAUGGCGGUGAGCUGCAGCGCCUGUGGCUUCCACCGUACCUGGACACGCCACAGAGCUCGUCCCCAUGCGGUUCAGUGAAUCUGGACGUGGUGGGGGCGGGCUUUGACGCGGAGAUACUCGAGGCGCUGGCCGAUGAAGUCACAGGUGCGGAGAGCAGAGGCGCACCGCCUGCCUCUGCUGGUGGUGGUGCGUUUGAUGCAUCUGGUGCGGCUGCUAGUGCUGGCACUGCUGGUGGUCCAGCUGCUGCUUGUGCUUCUGGGCAGGAGCAGCAGUCCGGCACACAGCAGCACCACCAGCACCAACACGAGCAGCUCAGGCAGCAGCAGCAUGGGAAGGAAGUGGAUGGCGAGGAGAGCCUGUCUGGCACGCUGUGCUCGCCGUCCACUGGUGCGUCGCCUGCCGGUGUGGCAUGUGUGGGCGACCGCACGCCCAUCUCCAAGCACUCCUCGCUCCCCAAAUGCACUCCCGGCUCUGCCCGCCGCCUGCUGUUUUGCGCGCGCAUACAGGAGGAGGAGGGGGAGGGGGAGCAGCAGAAGCGGGGCCAUGAGGAGCGGGGGCGUGAGUGGGUGUGUGCAGAAGCACAUGGUGGCGCAGGUGGCGAGCAGGAGCGUGGAGGGGAGCAGGAGUGUGGGCAGCAGGCGGUGCAAGGCAUGGCAGGAGAGUGCUUGGCAGCGGGUGUGUGGGCGUGCAGUGGGCGCAGGGAGCGCGACACCGUGUCUCCGCUGCACCGCCCUGUCGCAGUGGCUGCGGCAGAGGCAGGUGAGGUGGGAGGGGGCAUGGGGACUCGGGAAGAGGGCCAAGGGGCGGGUGGGAAGAGCAAGGGCGUGAGUGGGGAGGAACUUGUGAGUAUGAGAGGAGGAGAGUCGGGUGUUGUGGUUUGUGCAAGGGGGUUAGAGAACGGAUUGCUGGCUGGUGUGGUGGAGGGGUCUCUGUCUCUGCCCUUGCCACUGCCGGCAAACACACCAGCAGCAGCGGCGGCGGUGGUAGCAGUGGAGGCUGCAGCAAAAGAAGGGGACACGGCAAGAAUGGAAGCAGCGGGGUCAAGGCAUCUAGCAAUUGCUGCUGUUGGAGACACAAUCGCACCGUCAACAGCAAUGGCACCAGCACCAGCACCAGCACCAGCAGCAGCACCAGCACCAGCAGCAGCACCAGCAGCAGCACCAGCACCAGCACCAGCACCAGCACCACCAGCAGCAGCAGCAGCAGCAGCACCAGCAGCACCAGCACCAUCUGGAGCACUGGCCUUCUUUCCAGCCCGCCCGCACCGCCUAUGGUCGCCUGCUCGCUCGCCCCUCUUGCCCCUCUCGCCCCUCUCCCCUACGCCACGCUGCCUGCCGCCUGCUGUGUUCCCGGGCAUUGGCAGCAUGGGUGCUGCUGACGGCAUGGACGUCAGGGGGCGCGUGGGCGGGAAGAGGCCGCUGGGUGUGGUGCCUGCUGCAUCGUGCCGCAUGGGUAGCGCCGCUGCUGCUGGAGGUGGUGCUGGUGCAGUGGGUGCAGGUGGGGUAAAUGCCUUGGGCAUGGUGGUAGGUAAGAGGUCCCCGAGGUCUGUGGGAAGGUUGGGCAAUAUGCGGCGUGUGGGGAGCGUGGGAGGGAUGAACGGGCUCGGUGGCAUGGCUUGCUUGGUGGGUGUGGAUGCUGCACGUGGGGCAGCAGCUGCUGUGGGCGGGGUGGGGACGAGUGGGGUGGUGGGGGCACAGCUGCAGGAGGCGAGGCGAGUGUGGCAAGCCAUCCUGGACAGCCCACGUGGCAUGUGUGCCGCCCUCCGGGAGUGCAUGCCACCCGCCCUGCGCCAGGUCACUGCUGACGUCACCACGCCUCUGUUCCCGCUUCCCGCUGCUAACGCCAUCAUGCCGUGCGCUGACGUCACCAGCCCAAUUGUGCUGGGAGAGAUUGGGGAAGGGAGGGGAAGAGGAGGGGUGGAGGGGGGAGGGGCUGGCGGCGAGGUGGGGAAGGGAGAUGUGGAUGGGGACAUGGCUGCUGCGGGGGAUAGUGGGGAUGGGGGUGAUGGGGGUGAUGGGGAUGACGGGAGUAGCAUUGACAUGGGUGGCAGUGGCGGGGGCAACUCUGGUGGGGAGCGAUGCGCGCAAGAGCUGGGGGCAGGGCGCUGGUGCGUGGGUCGGCUGGAGAUGGGGCAGGGGGCAGAAGGGGAAGCGGUUGAGGAGGGCGAGGAGGAGGGGGGGGAAGAAGGGGAGGAGCGGGAGGAGGAUGGGGAGGAAGAGGAGGAGGAGAGGGAGGAAAGGGAGGUGGAGGCUGUAGAGGAGUCGUGUGACCUUGAGAGGGAGAUGGCGGGUGGUGGGCAGGAGGGCAUGCGGGGAGGGGAGCAUGAGGUGGAGAAUGGGGAUGGGGGCGUGGCUGGGAAGGGUGGGGAGUGCAGCACAGGCGAUCGGCGGAUGGAGGAAGGGUCGUGUGGGAGGGGCAGUGGCGUGGGAAGCCGUGGUGGUGGAUUGCGGCAGCCGAGGAGCGAGGAGAGUAUGGCAGCAGAGCAGCCAUCAAGGAGGGCGGGGCAGCAGUGGGUGCUGGACGAUGGGUUGGCUGCGGAUGAUGGGGUGGGUGGGGAUGGCAGUGCGCACAAGCGCGUGAGACGCAUGGAGGGCGGUGAGUGGAGGGCGCGAGAACAGGGCUGCUGGGCGCACCCAGUGGGGGAAGAGAAAGGAAGCAACGAGGAAGCUGCUAGUGGCGGGGAGGAGUGCAGAGAGCAGGGCUGGGAGCAGGGAGGAACAGGUGACGACGCGGCAGAGGGGGGAGUGGCACAUGGGAAGGAGGGGGUGUUGGUGAGCAAGGCAGGCAGCAGUGGGGGGCGCAGCAAGGCGAGGCGGAGGAGGGGAUGCCGCAGCCAGCGACCAAUGACAGUUGAGAUCCACCGCCCGUUCAUGUGUGUGACACGCGUGGCGGGGAAUACAGGCCUGCAGGCGGAGGGGAGGGGCGUGAGCAUGCAGGAGGCUGCUGGUGGCGUGGUGGGGGAGAGGCAGCAGCAGCAGCAGCAGCAGCAGGAGGCAGGGGUGCAUGGUGGGAUUGAGGAGGGACGACCAUACACUGCAGGCGUGCCCGCAUUGCAGGAGGUAAUGUGCGAGCAGCAGCAAGGGGAGGAGAACGGGGAGCAGCAACAACCGCAGCAGCAGCAGCAGCAGCAGCAGCAGCAGAGCCCGCUGCUGUAUCACUUCCAUGGUUCAUCCCUGUUCACACCCACUCAAGCACCGCUGCUCACACCCUCCCUCACCUCCGCCUUCACUCCCUCCUUCACCCCGCCUUUCUCCCACCCCCCUCCUCUCACCUCCCCCCACUUCGCCUCCCUGCUCGGCUCAACACCACCACAAGCCCACGGCAAUCCAACAGGCGUUAACCCCUCAAAGGAGGGGAACAUGGAGGGCAGUCAUGGCUUUGGAAGUGGGCACGAGGAUGGAAGGGGGCAUGUGCAAGCGCAUGCGCAUGCGCCUGGUUCGGGAUCAGGAGUGGGGUCGGGGGGCUUGUUGGCUGCAAGCCCGCGGUAUGAGAGUGGGUGGGUGUGGGACAUGAAGCUUGAUGCCCUCUCACCAGCCGCCAUGGCUUUCCACUAG